CUGCGCUGUAAGUUCUUUUACUUUAGUUGUCCUUUUUCUUCAAUAUAUUUUUCAUUAUCUUUCAAAAUAUUUUAAGGCUAUUUACCUGAACUGCCAUUUUUUCAUUCUUAAUUAUUUAGAAAAUGCACUAAACUUCAAUUAUCGCUUACUUUCUCGUAUGUAAAACAAUUUGCUUAUGUGUUAUCUAUAUAAAUCAUCUUAAAAUUAUCUUAACUAUUUUUGAUACCUUAUAUUAUAUGCUAAAGAAUUAAAAAAAAACACUUCUGGACAGUAAAUGGGUCCACUUUAUGGUGUUAAACACUGUAGAGGUUAAAGAAGCAUUUCAUCAGAAGCCCAUGGAGCAAUAAUUCAGUGAAAGCCAAGUUGGGUUCAGGGCUCGAAGUGUAGUUAUUGCUCACACAGUGCUCUAUGAUUGCUUAAAUUGGUAUUGAUACUAUAAUAUGACAUCUGUUGGCGGUGCUUCUUUAAUUUCAGACUGAACUUAUGUCGACCACACAUACUAAAUUAUAAACCCUUUUUCUGUAUGUUUCUUCAGUGAUGGCGGUAUAGACCUAAGUUGCCUUCAGGCUGAAGAUAAGUUCUUCAAGUGGGAAAAGUUCAACGACGCUCCUUUCAUGGGUGAGCUUCUAACAGCGGACGAACAAUGUGCAUUGCGCUACCAAAGCGGGGCAACAUUCUGUGAUGAGACAAAUGGAAAUGUUGUAGAUUGUUACAGUUCAAGCCAGGGAUGCCUCGUCGAUGGUGUUUGUCAACCUUUUACUGUGGCAUAUUACACACCUUGCGGUCUUCAAGCCAGUUCAGUCUGUAAAUUUGGAUUUUGCAACGAAACCACACAAACGCCAACAAGCACUUCUAGUACUAGCACUACAACUAUUACCAGCACAACAAGCACUACCAGUACUGCAAGCACUACCAGUACUACAAACCCUGAUGGUGGAUUACAGACAUCAACUGCUGAACCAUUUGAUUGUGUGGUGAGGACCAUCGUUAAGGAUUAUGAUCUACCAGGAUGUAACUGCGCGGGUUGUGGUUCCAAUACAGACAGCGACGGUAGUGAUUGCGUACAGGCUCCAGACUGUAUCGGGAAGAAGGUCAGGGUGACCACAAAGUAUGUAGAUGAGAGAUGUGCUUACCUGUAUUCACCAGGUCCAAGAAGAGUAAUAACGAAGCCUGAUGAAGCCAAAAAGAAAACAAUAACUGCAGAAGUAUUUAAAGGGGAUUCUGGUAGAUGGAAGGUUCAGUUAGUUACGAAGAGUAAAUGAAGUCAUGAGUUUGAUUUACUUAACAAUAAUAUACUUUAAAAAAUAAAAUACGCA